CCUCAGUGCUAAAUAAGGAGCGGAGUGUCCGCCGUGCAGCAGUGGAAUGAGACAGGGGAGAGCAGAUGAUGGACAGGUUGGAGCCCGGGAUAUUCGGAUGUAGCAGACAGUUGGGCAGCGAUCUGCAGGCAAAUUCACGCUCCUAGUUCCUAGGGAAUUUGAACUACUGAAUGAAUUGACUGUGGGGGACAUCAGAUAGAAGAGACUGGAGAGAGAAGUUUGGAGAAUCUGUCAACCUUGGCUGAGGCUAAUGGGUAUUUUACAAGGCAGAUAAUGGAUUCUCCAGCAAAAACAUUCAUUUCCGUUACCUCAGAACCACAGAUGUUGGAACUGAAUGUAACAUUACCAUCAGAUGUGAAUACAUGCUCUAUCCAUGAUGGGUUCUUAUCACUGACGCUUCCGGUUAUGUAUUCUGUUGUAUGUUGCUUCAGCUUACUGAGCAACCUACUGGCCCUUCUUGUGUUUUGGUCAAACAACCAAAGAUGUACAUCCAUGAUAAUAUAUAUGAGGAACCUGGCAGUGGCUGAUCUCCUGCUCGCAAUGUGCCUGCCCUUUCGGGUUGCUUAUCAAAACAACAGCGGACUACUGAUCCUGUGCAAGAUAGUUGGUGCAUUCUUUUAUUUGAACAUGUAUGCUAGUAUAAUGUUUCUGAGUCUGAUAAGCCUGGACCGGUAUCUUAAGAUAAUCAGACCGCUACAGAAAUACAAAAUUCACAGUGUUGCCUGGAGUACGAGGGCCACUUGGAUCAUAUGGUUGAUUAACCUUGCCUGCAUAAUUCCUUUCCUUUUCGAAAACAGAACAGGACCAUGCAGCCAGAAGUGCUUCCACUUCCAGAGAAAGGGAUUAACAGGAGCGGUAAUCAAUCUAACAGCAGUUGUUUCCUUCUUCGUCCUUUUAUUGCUCUUUGUCUAUUUUUAUGCAAAAAUAUCUUCCAAACUGCACAAGGCCUCCUUGGGAAGAACUCAGCCACAAACAAAAAGAAACAGCAACAGAGCAAUGAAGAAAACUUUUAUUGUCCUGAUAAUCUUUAUUGUGUGCUUUGUUCCCUAUCAUAUUGUGCGUAUUCCCUACAUCCUUGCCCAGAUAGAUGUCAUUGACACCCUUCCAUGGAAACAGAUCCUUCAUAUCGCCAAUGAAUUGGUGCUUUGCUUAUCAACUCUCAACAGCUGCUUGGACCCUGUGAUUUAUUUCUUUUUGUCAGACAGCUUUAAACAAGCAGUGAUUUGCACCUUCCAAGGGAAACUCAAGUUAAUUAUGCACAAUCAGGACAAAGUUGGAAACAGCAACAAAUCUAUUACUGAUGUAUGAACCCCCCCCCCAUGUAAUACUUGGACAUCCAACUCACAAGCCUCCAGUUGUACAGCAAUGCACAUUGAGCAAUACCUGCAAUUCUGCAUAAUAUAUUAUUAAUCAAGUCAUUUACAUGUUCAGCAGUUUCUUUACUUCAAGGCCAGCAAUCAGUAUCCCUUGAUCCUAGUAUUAAACACUUUUGGUUGGAACAGCUGGAGGCCCAUAGGCUGAAUAUCUCUGCAUUCAUAUAUGACAUUUUCUGUUCUGCUUCCAGACUUCCAGGAAAGCAUUUCUCUUUCAUUUCCUGACCAGAGAGCUGUGUUUUAAGCAAGAAUUAGAUACACGUGUGUGGGAGUUUCUGUAUGUUUUUUUUUAUUUGUAGAUUGUUGUCUUUAAUAAAAGCAAGCAUAUUUAUAAUGCCACCUAUUUAAUACAAAUCAUGUUAUAGAGAUUUGUUUGAAUGUCCUGUCUUAGGGUGAGUGAUAUGUUCCAGUUUUAAGGUCUGGAACAAAUGAGCAAUGAUCCUGAUGGAUGCAAUGCUAUCAAAUACAGGCUUAUUGAUACCUACUGGAGUGGCCAGUAAGAAUUCACAAUGUCGUCCACUCUGCCCCCUGUUGUUGCCAAUACAAAGACAGGUUUAGGACAAAAGGACACAUGCAAGUAUCUUAUAUGGACCUAACUAAUGAAUCCUGAGGAGGAGGAAGGCUACAGAUACCAGGAAAGACAAGACACUUCAACUUUAUUGUCACUUACUUAAGAAAAGCAGAAGGGACCCAGCAGCAGAUGGAGGGAACAAAGUAAGCAAAGGGAGCAAAUCACUAGACAUUGGCCAUACGGUGUUCACUUCAGUCAAUACAUUUUAUUGGUCCAAUGACCUGUCAGGCAGUGGGAGAGAGUUUGGUUCCCUGCUGCCCCAUGUGUGUAUUCAUUGACAGAGUAUUUGGCUCAUGUGCACAGUGACAGGUGGACAUCUUUCCUAUCAAUGCAUAAAAUGGCAGGGAGCUGAACCCUGUAGAGAAAACCCUGUGUUAGGGGUUACAUUAGCCUAAUUCAACAAACAAAAUACCACAAAAUACAGAAUAUUCAUUGAUAUGUAAAUGUAUGUGCUGCAGCCAAGUAUGAGCCAUAUGUAAAUGCCUAUUAUGCUUAAAUGUCACAACUUGUUUUAAUGUUUGUCAAGAGCUUUUCGUUCUUCUUUAUAUUCAACCUCUCCUUACAUAUGUAAACAUAAGUGUGGAUCGGCACCAUACAAAUAAAUGAUGAUGAUGGUGAAGAUAUGGCUAAUAGUAGAUGGGGCUGAAAUCGACCAGCUGAAAUACGCAGGCCAAAAAUCAGCUGCAUCGCAGGCAUUAGCUUUCUCUUCUGUCCACACCAGGAACAGUUGUGCCAACUUGGGUGCAGUCUAACUCAGCUGGUUUUGGUGAAGAAAUGCGAGAGUUUGCAUUCUCCCAGGCCAAAAUCAGCAAAAGAGGAGGCUAAUUCGUAUAGGGGCUGAUUUUUGGCUUGUGUAUUUCAGCAGGCCGAUUCCAGUACCUGUCUGACAUUAGCCCAAAGCCCAUACCAUUUUAAAUUAAUAGGCAAAUGUUUUUACUGCCCACAGAAUUGUAUAAUAUAACCUUUGACUCCCCUUUGGCCCGAUGCUAAUUGAACCAUCGAAGAAUAUACCAUUCUUUCAACUGUAAACAUACUCCUGUGUGCACCUGUUCACACAUAUACCAGUUUAUCCUGCAAUGUGUCACCUCCAACCUACAUGGAAGACUCUACUGACUGAACAGAUGGAUAGGCCCAAGCAAACACAUAACAGCAUUAAUAUAUAGAUAAUAACAAAUAUAAGGAUAUUAGAAACUACUGUGGAGUUCCAUGAUAAUAUAAAGGCACAAUGCCAUGCAGAUUUGUGUGUGUAUGUGUGUGUGUAAUAUUUACAAAAUACUUUUUGUAAUAUGAGUGGCAUUUUAUUUAAGCUAUACUUUUGUAUUCAUAUACUCCCAAUGUGAAUAAAUAUACUGUACGUAC